AAUUCAGAGGCCCUCGGAGCCUUGGUGUUAGCACUGCGAUACACCUACCUUCUUCACCGUACGCAUCCGGGGCCAAGUAGAAAGUACUAAGAGAUAUUUACCUAUGAAAGCGGUGCAACACGCAAGUGGCCCGGGAGCAAAACCGUCGCAGUGACCGUGAUUUGGAUUUCAGGACGUGAUGAUCUUGUAUGUUCCUUGUCUUCUAAAUCUUGGAUGUUAAAGCAUAAUCAAGUAUACAGGGUACCUACUUCAAGUUAGUUAUCAAUGUAUGAAGGCAUCUGAACAGCCUCGUACGUUUCCUUGUGAUAUAGGCCGCUUAGAAUGUCAUCCAAGCCAGAGGAAGCCAACUUAAGGAGAUGUCCUCGAGUCUGUUACUGGCGUGCUGCCUUCCACAUAAAUCGUAUUCUCAGUGCUCCAAGGAUGUUGUCCGGGAGCUCCUCAAGUUGGCCCGAUACAGAUUUGUAUCAUCUAAUCUAUCGAAAGAACAUUUUUGGUCGAACGAGCAUCUGUAUCGAAGUGCACAUUACAAGAGCCCAGGUAGUUGAGCCUUCGAAGUAUUUCUUCGGCCAUCAUCUUGGACCAAUAUUACGUCCAUGGCAGAUGCGCUUCUAUUCGCUCCAUGGUAUUAAUAUCGGAAAUCAUGUAGCCUGUUAGUGCUCCCAACUCCAAAUGACCAACUGCCAGUGUCUACGCUACCGCAAGCUCAUUGUUCUUUACGAGCAAGAUGCCAACCCGCGACCCGUCAUUUAUUGUGCGAUUGCCACUGCUGCCUAUCCUUGCGUUCGCCGUGCACAAAGUCAUGUUCCCUCCUAACCCGCCACCAACUCCAAAUGAACGGCUCAAGUUCGAGGUGAACAAGAAGACUCGAGAUAUCAUACCAAGUGCUGCGUCAUGGUUGCCACAAAGCAUUGGAGUUGUGAGCCAUGUAGUCUCCUUGUGUGAGGUGUAUGUCCUCCUGUGCAAGCUCCUCCCAAGCGCAAACUACACGCCGUUGUCCUCUUUACAUAUUCGUCUAUCGGCCACGUUUGGACUAGGCUUCCUCUUGGCGUGCUUAGGUUUCGGGCUUCGAAUGGUUUGCUACCAAAAACUUGGACGCCAUUUCACCUUCGAACUUGCAGUACGCAAGAAACACACCUUGAUCACAGACGGGCCCUACGCCUGGAUGCGUCAUCCAGCGUAUGCUGGAGCACUGGUCCAUGUCGCUGGUAUGCUCCUGUGUCAAUUUGGGCCAGGUUCGUGGUGGUACGAGGGUGGAUUGUGGCAGACGAUCGGCGGAAAACUGCUUUCUUCGGUGAUGUUCUCGCUUGUUGCAACGUUGGUCGCAUGGUUGGGGACGAGGAUGCAGAAGGAGGAUGUCGUCCUGAAAGAGCAGUUUGGGGCACAAUGGGGGCGGUGGGCCAAGAAGACACCAGAUAUGAUCAUCCCAUACGUUUAUUAGACGGAACUACAAUAUUUCAUGUAGUACAUUUAUGAUUGUACGACAUACACGAGUCGAUUCCUUUACCGUAGCAAACCUUCAAGGCGC